AUUUUAAUGGGACAAUACGGUUUUAUUUCCGGUUUAAGAUUUCGAGGGUUUACUGCAAUACACAAGCAAGAAAAUGCCAUACGCUAAUCAACCUACUGUAACUUUAACAGAACUAACAGACGAAAAUCUUAAAUUCACGCUUGAAGAUACUGAUUUGAGUGUUGCAAAUGCUGUUAGAAGAGUAUGCAUAGCUGAAGUUCCAACCAUGGCAAUAGAUUGGGUACAGAUGGAAUCCAACUCUACGGUGUUAUUUGAUGAGUUUCUAGCCCACAGAAUUGGUUUGAUACCGCUGACCAGUGAUGAAAUAGUGGACAGGAUGCAGUAUUCUAGAGAUUGUACAUGUGAAGAGUUUUGCCCAGAGUGUUCAGUUGAGUUCACAUUGGAUAUGAAAUGUAACGAUGACCAGACCACCCACGUAACUAGUGCACAUCUCAUCUCCAGUAAUCCUAAAUGUGUUCCUGUUACAUCUAAAAGAAAAGAAGAAGCAAGCGAAUAUGAAGAAACAGAUGAUAUCUUGAUAGUCAAAUUAAGAAAAGGACAGGAAUUGAAAGUGAGAGCCUUUGCCAGAAAAGGAUUUGCCAAGGAGCAUGCUAAGUGGAACCCAACAUGUGGUGUAGCAUUCGAGUAUGACCCAGAUAAUGCAUUGAGACACACAAUCUAUCCCAAGCCAGAAGAAUGGCCAAAGAGUGAGUACACAGAACUUGAAGAAGACGAAAUACAAGCAGAACCAAAUCCUCUUGGAAAAGCAAACAAAUUUUUCUACAAUGUUGAAUCAUGUGGUUCACUGAGACCUGAGAAUAUAAUGUUUUCAACAUUAUCUGUGCUGAAGAAAAAACUAAGUGAUCUACAAACCCAACUCAGUCAUGAAAUACAAAGUGAUGCACUGGCUAUUUGAUACUGUUGGAAUAAUUAUGUAGAGUUAUGGUCAACAGUCAUUAAAACAAAGAAAAUCACUUUUUGUUUAUACGUCUGUUUACCUUCAGUAAAGGCAGCUUGGAUUUAAAAACAGGAACUGAAAAAAUGUAAAUGUAUACAUCUGUUUUUGAAGUUUGUCCGUAAAUAAGGACAGAUCUGUUUUAUUGAACCACAAGUAAUGUGAAUAUAAGAUCUACUGUAACUUGUUAAUAUUGUAAUAAAAGGUUAAAGAUUUCA